CGGUCGAUUCGAGUUCUGAAUUCUGACCGACUCGGGACCCAUCCCCCAAAAAAACCAUAAAAAUAGUCUUAAAAUUGAACUGCAAAGACAGAGUUCAAACACAGGCACACCAUCGAAAGUGCAGACAAACCUUCCCUUCUCUUCUCCGCACGACCAAAAUCUUCACAAUUUCAUAAAUUUUAGAGAGAGAAGAAAGAGUUUUAGAGAGAGAGAGAGAGAUGAAAGCGCCGGAAGUGUCGUGCUGUGGGUCAACGUUCGCGCUGUAUGUGUUGAUAGUGAUAGGACUUGUUGCCUUCGCUGGUCUCAUGGCUGGUCUCACUCUCGGACUCAUGUCUCUCGGCCUCGUCGACCUCGAAGUCCUCAUGAAGUCCGGCCGUCCCAAAGAUCGCAUCCACGCCGCUAAGAUAUUUCCAGUUGUGAAGAAUCAACACCUUUUGCUCUGUACCUUGUUGAUUGGCAACUCUUUAGCAAUGGAGUCCCUUCCCAUAUUUUUGAACAAGCUUGUGCCUCCGUGGGCUGCAAUCCUGAUCUCAGUAACUCUCAUCCUCGUGUUUGGAGAGAUACUGCCUCAAGCGAUUUGUACCCAAUAUGGGUUGACUGUAGGAGCAACUGUGGCACCUUUAGUCCGUGUUCUACUCUGGGCGUUCUUCCCUGUUGCUUAUCCGAUUAGUAAGGUUUUGGAUUGGAUGUUGGGGAAGGGACAUGCUAUUCUUUUACGCAGAGCAGAGCUCAAGACAUUUGUGAAUUUUCAUGGCAAUGAGGCUGGGAAAGGUGGGGAUUUAACGCAUGAUGAGACAACUAUCAUUGCUGGGGCACUUGAAUUGACUGAAAAGACAGUGAAAGAUGCCAUGACCCCCAUAACGAAGGCAUUUUCCCUUGAUCUGGAUGCAACUCUUACUUUGGACACAUUGAAUGCAAUAAUGACAAAGGGUCAUAGUAGAGUUCCUGUUUAUUCUGGAAAUGCAAAAAAUAUCAUUGGUCUUGUCCUGGUUAAAAAUCUCUUAGCAGUUGACCCAGAAGAUGGAGUUCCUCUCAGAAAAAUGUUAUUAAGAAAAAUUCCUCGGGUUUCUGAGAACAUGCCUCUUUAUGAUAUUCUGAAUGAAUUUCAGAAGGGUCACAGCCACAUCGCUGUUAUAUAUAGGGACCUGAAUGAGACAAAAGACAGUUUAAAGAAAACUGAAGAAGAAAAUCAUGAGAUGGACCCUGCUGCUCGUAUGCAAAAGCUGGGGAUGAAAUUUGAGUCGCAUGAUGCUGACAUGGUGAUCCUGGCUAAAAGUGAAGGCGAUCAACAGAAAAAGAAAAGUCCUCUGCCUACUCCUGCUUUUAAGAAGCGACACAGAGGUUGUUCAUUCUGUAUUUUAGAUGUGGAGAAUGUUCCCAUUCCUGUAUUCCCACCCAAUGAAGAGGUUGUGGGUGUAAUCACUAUGGAGGAUGUCAUUGAGGAGCUUCUUCAGGAGGAGAUAUUGGAUGAGACUGAUGAAUAUGUAAAUAUUCACAACAGGAUAAGGGUGAACAUGCAUGCAUCCUACGAAAAGCUUCCUCAUCUAAGCUCACCACAACAAUCUCCCAUCUCUUCUCUCCCAGCAGCUCCUGCUCCUACGCCUAGUAACUCGAUUUCCACCACUUCUUUACAAUAACAGCGACACCCUUUGCAACCCUGGAGUUUCUGAAGGAGGCUUGUUAAUGGAGCGGUUAUACUCUUUGUUCUUUGUAUGAUAUGGCUAAAUUUAGGUUCGUUAAAAUAUCAGAAUCUAGGGUGGAAGUCUAGUAAGAGUUACUCUAGUUGAUUGAUUACAAAGAUGUCUCACCCUUGCUUGGAUAUGCAUGGUAGGUUGCUCUGAAGGAUGUAUUGUGAUUGUAGAAUGCUACACUUGUUGGUUGAGAUUCCGAUGCAGAAUAUAUAUAUUGACUUUUUGGUCAAAUAAGCAGAAUAUUAAAAAAUAUUGUUUGAAAUUCA